AUGGCGCCUAAUCAAUCGGGAAGAGGAGGUGGUUUCGAUCUGAGGGCGCGGGCGGAGGUGGGAACGCGGGCGGGUGGGCGGCGUGGAGGGCGUUGGGUGGGCAAACACAUCAUGAGAACAGUGGGUGGGCAGCGAGGCGAUCAGAACCUCCCCAGUCCCUCCCCAGUCCCUCCCCAGCAACCUCCCCCACCAUUCCCCACCUCCCCUCCCCCCGCCAUACAUCUCAAGGCACUGAAAGGUGUCUGGGUGUUGUUCCAGGCCCCAGUCUCACCCCCAGGGGAGAGAGAGAGAGAGAGAGAGAGAGAGAGAGAGAGAGAGAGAGAGAGAGAGAGAGAGAGAGAGAGAGAGAGAGAGAGAGAGAGAGAGAGAGAGAGAGAGAGAGAGAGAUACUUGAUUGGAGAGAGAGAGAGAGAGAGAGAGAGAGAGAGAGAGAGAGAGAGAGAGAGAGAGAGAGAGAGAGAGAGAGAGAGAGAGAGAGAGAGAGAGAGAGAGAGAGAGAGAGAGAGAGAGAGAGAGAGAGAGAGAGAGAGAGAGAGAGAGAGAGAGAGAGAGAGAGAGAGAGAGAGAGAGAGAGAGAGAGAGAGAGAGAGAGAGAGAGAGAGAGAGAGAGAGAGAGAGAGAGAGAGAGAGAGAGAGAGAGAGAGAGAGAGAGAGAGAGAGAGAGAGAGAGAGAGAGAGAGAGAGAGAGAGAGAGAGAGAGAGAGAGAGAGAGAGAGAGAGAGAGAGAGAGAGAGAGAGAGAGAGAGAGAGAGAGAGAGAGAGAGAGAGAGAGAGAGAGAGAGAGAGAGAGAGAGAGAGAGAGAGAGAGAGAGAGAGAGAGAGAGAGAGAGAGAGAGAGAGAGAGAGAGAGAGAGAGAGAGAGAGAGAGAGAGAGAGAGAGAGAGAGAGAGAGAGAGAGAGAGAGAGAGAGAGAGAGAGAGAGAGAGAGAGAGAGAGAGAGAGAGAGAGAGAGAGAGAGAGAGAGAGAGAGAGAGAGAGAGAGAGAGAGAGAGAGAGAGAGAGAGGAGAGAAAAAAUUACCUUAGACACAGUAGGGAGGGAGAAAGAUUUGUGUUGA